UUAUAUUUAUAUGUUUGAUAUAUGUAUCGUUUCUGUAAUAGAAUUACAAAUCAUGUACUUUGUCUUAUAUAAAUAUUAUUACUAAAUAACUACAUCCAUUAAUAACACAAUCGAAUACCUUUGUCAAUUCAAGAACUGCAAUCCGAUUUAGUUGAUGAUCGACUUUCAAGGUGUUCGUUUGUCCGAUUUUCUACCUGAUAUUGCCGAGAUGUCUCAUCCCAAGCCUAUUUUGUAUUACGACGAUCGCAGUCCACCAGUUCGCAGUUGCCUUAUGCUAAUUAAACUGCUGGAUAUCGAUGUGGAGCUGAGGUUUGUCGAUCUCUUCAAGGGCGAGCAAUUCCACAAAGAUUUCCUAUCGUUAAAUCCCCUGCACAGUGUUCCCACGUUGGUACAUAAUGAUCUGGUUCUGACUGACAGCCAUGCUAUACUGAUUCACUUGGCAGAAAAGUUCGACGAGGAAGGAUCUUUAUGGCCCCUGGAGCAUGGAGAACGUAUGAAGGUACUGAACCUCCUGCUUUUCGAGUGCUCCUUUCUAUUUCGUCGUGAUAGUGAUUUUAUGUCGUCGAUUGUCCGCCAAGGAUUCGCAAAUGUCGAUGUGGCCCUUCAUGAACGCAAGCUGACCGAGGCGUAUAUCAUCAUGGAGCGCUACCUGGAAAGUAACAAUUUUAUGGCUGGGCGACAGCUGACGCUCGCCGACUUAUCCAUCGUAACCACAUUGAGCACCGUCAAUCUCAUGUUUCCCCUGACGCAGUACCCACGUCUGCGACGUUGGUUCACCGCCAUGCGGCAGCUGGAUGCCUACGAGGCCAACUGCAGCGGAUUGGAGAAGCUGCGCCAAACGAUGGAGAGCGUUGGUAGCUUCCAGUUCCCAACCUCAUCCGACUCCGCUGCAGAGGAUGUGGAAUAGCUUUGGUUGUUGUGUAGAGUGUUUAAUUUUGCUUUGAGCUGGGUGUAAUUGUAUGUUUGCUCAGCAGGUGAAGGGAAAAUAUAGUUAUAACUUCACAGUUAGAUAUUUAAACUUACAUUGUUACUAAACUGUAAUCAAUUCUUCCUCCAUUUCUUUAUAAGAUUUGAGUUUUAAUAAUUCGAAUAUUUGGAAAGGUUACUUAUUAACGAAAAGAAAAUUAAAAUUCUUUCUGGAACAA